AUGGGGCUUAGAAAGCAACCUAGAACUUUUUUGGGUGAAAGCACUCAAGGCCAAGUAUUUUUCUCACUCUUCUUUCAUGCACUCAAGAAGAAAAAACUGUCACUCCUGACAAUGGAAAGGAGAAAUCAGAAUUUGGAUAAUCCCAACUGCCCCUUUGGCUGUGAGUGUAUCGAGACUGAAGUGCACCUAUUCUUCCACUGUCAUUUAGCAAGAGCUCUCUGGUUGGCUUCCCCAUGGAGCGUAAAAUGGGAAGAUAUCCACCCUGCAAGUCUGAAGUACUAUUUAGAAAGCUUAAUGGAUCCGACCGGGAUACUGCCAGUUCAUCCAUCUGAUUGGAAUGAAUUUUUCCUUUUUGCAGCUCUUAUCUUUGAGACAAUUUGGAGGAUUCGAAAUAGAUUUAUCUUCGAUAACUCAAUGUGUUCUCUAGAGGAUGAAGUAAGGGCUUUGUUUACCAGGUUUGAGGAGCAUAAGCUGCUUGGGACCGUUCAUCAUCAAUUAAAUAAUCCUAAACUGGUUGCUGAUAGCGUUUGGUGUCCUCCUCCGGUAGGUGUUGUCAAAAUAAAUUGCGAUGCUGCAGUUAAGAACGGAUCUGCCAACAUUGGAAUUGUUGUAAGAAAUCACCUGGGACGGGUUCUGAAGGUUAAAGUUUUUAAGGAAAAUAUUACUAUUCCUGAAGCAGCAGAUGCUCUAGCUAUUCUCAAGGCAAUGAAACUGGCGAUUGUAGAAGGUCAUCUUAACUUAUGCUGCGAAAGUGAUGCUAAAGCUGUUAUACAAAGCCUUAAUACAACAGAUUCUUCAUCUAGCCACUAG